GGUGUGGAUGACGUGGAAGAUGAAAUAAAUUUUUGGAAAACCGUUCCGAAGUCGAAAAACAUUCUAAAUAUUUUGGUGCCUUUUCAAAAUGAUUACAACAUGCUGAAGGGUUCAGCCAGUUUAACUGACGUCGAGGACAUGUUGGACGCCGCACACGAUGUUGUUGACGAGCUGUGGAACGAGGACAACCCUCCCUUUCCGCAAAAUAGAAUGGAAAAUCUUCUCCUAAUAAUUGCUAACAGCCUUGUGAAGUAUUUGCAAAACCACCUAUCCAACGUAAAAUUGUGGACUGAGUCUUUUGAAAAAGUCUCUCCAGUUCUGAGCCAAGCGUCUGCAGCCGCGCAGAGGUGGAUUGAUACGUGUAACAAACUCACCUCGUUUUACUGGCUCAACAACCCGAACCACAAAUGGUCGGGACGGCCGUUCACACCAGAUUUCCUGUUUAAUUUUCACAGCAGGGUUGAAGAGAUCAACAGUAUCAGAUCAGUGCAUCAUCAUUUGAAGCAAUUCCUUCCAGAAGAGGAUAUUGCCCAGUGCAAAGAUGAGGAUGCCUUUAAAAUGUUUGAAGCUGGGGACUCACUUGUCUUCAACUCGUUCAUUGCUGACAAGUGGAGAAGCGCCGUGGGCCAGUUUGAACAGACAGUCGCGCUAUUGGAGGAGCGAGUGGCCGUCAAAUUGAAAUCUUUCCUCACCCAGCAAGGCGCUAACGCCACCCAGUCUCUCUACGUGAUGACGAGCAUGGAGAAAUUAUUUUCGCGUCCGUACAUCUUGCGUCUUUUGACCAGCCAACGAGAAUCACUUCUGGCCGAGCUGAAGGCGACCAUCGAUGAAAUUAAAGUGCAAAUGCAGAAGCAGCAGGCGAGCCUAGAAAUUAGCAACGCUGUUGAGAUUGUAAAAUGGGUCAAACAGCGAGAGAAAAUUGUGUCGGACAUCGCAAGUGGCAGCAGCAAAUUUUUAUCCGAUUUGUCAGGCUACCGUAGCUACGAGGCGGAAAUAACCUCGCUGCUGAAGUCCCUGAAGGAGUUGGACGCGAACGCCUUCAAUUUGUGGUCCAGGACGAAGUUAGCCUCGCUCUCCAACGCCACUUUGAGCUUCAACGUGAACGAGCCGGUGGUGAAGUUCGACAAAAAGUCGCAGCUCAUGGUGGUCACUUACAACCCGGCACUGAACGAGCUCAUCAGGGAGUCACGACAGCUCACGGUUUCGGGACACGCCAUUCCGGAACAGAUCAAAAAGGCUGCAGACCAGGCCAAGGAGUUUGUGCGACGUGCCAAAACACUUGAAAAGGUGGCAAACUUCCACAACACGAUCGGCAACCGGAUGAUACCCUGCCAGCGACCGAUGAUGCUGGAGGCGGCGUUCGCCUUGUCGCAGCUGGUGCAGAAGGAAACACAGGUGACCUGGGUGGAGCCUUCUGCCGUGGACGAGUACAUCGACAAGAUGCAGGGCGCCGUAGAGCGGCUCUCGGCACAAAACACGCUGCUCUCGGGCUACCACUCGCUGGUGCUCAACAAGGUCAAGUACCUGAUGACGACCAACCUGCUGAAGAACCAGGGUCAGUGGAAGGGCACCAUCAGGGAGAUCAAGGAAAGCUUCAAACAGGUCGAGGCAAAGAAUUUUUCCAACAUGAAAGCCUGGAAGCUGCACUGGGAUCACCAGGUUUACAAGGCACUCGAGUUUCAAUACAUAUUGUGCUUGGAAUCGCUCAGCGAGCACAUUCCAGAAAUCAGAGUUGAAUUAGUUUACAGACAGCAGACGUUGCAAUUUCAGCCACCGUUUGAGGAGAUUCGUUUGAUUUACUUCAAUCAGUUGAAGAAACUGCUCUCAAUUCCUGUGCAGUUCAAAGGAAUCGAGGGCACUGAGCACACGAUGUUUGCCAACAUUGUUGAAAGAAAUGGAAACCUCUUGAGGCCGUUGUACGAGAGGGCAGAGGAGCUAUUUACAAAGCUGAAGGAUCUGCUGGUCAAGUUUGAAAAGUGGGUCGCGCUGGGCAGCGUUGACCUGCACGAAAUGGUCGAGCAGAAUCUCCACACGGCGGAUGACUGGGAUAAAAACUUUAAAAGCUCCAAGGCGUGGGCACAAGAUAUAGGACGAUUUACAACGUUGGAAGAAAAAAUCGAGUGCUUCAUGGUGAGCAUGCUGGCGGUGCGGGCCGAGGCCGAGAUGCACAACCGCCGCUUCUGGGACAUCCUGUGCACCAGCCUGCGGGACGCGGUGACCAAGGAGGCGCAGAAGAUCCACACCUUCGCCAUGGACGGCAUCAACGUGCUGCGCCAGCAACCGGCCUCGGCGGCAGAGCUGAGCAGGGCCACCGUCCAGUACUCGGAGCUGCUGAACAGGACGCCGGACAUGGUGCGCGAGUAUGACGAGGCUAGGAAGAAGAACCGCAUCUUGGCCAACUGGACCAGGGAGCGGGUUGGCGCCUUGGACGAGGUGGCCGCCGUCUGGCAGAGCUUCCAGCUUGUCCUCGGCAACAGGGAAACGGUCAUCGAAGAACAAAUCAGCAACAUCAAGACACAGCUCAACGAGCGACUGCAAGAGUUAUCCGAGGACACAGACAAGUUUUGGCAGCGCUGGAAGAGCUCCAGGCCGAGCGAUAGCAAAGUUGGAAACGCGGCUCUUCUCAAAGACACUUUCGACAAUUUGGCUGCAAAGAGAAAAGAGUGGCUCUACCUAAAAGAAAAGAGAGACGAACUCAAGUCAGAAUUGGAUGCCUUUGGUCUUUUUGACACUGACGUUUCCAACUGGACUGAGAUCGAGACUGAAGUCCAAUCUCAAGAAAUUACGUGGAAUCUGCUGAGCGAAUUUCAAAGUGGAAUUGAAAAGUUUGGAGAAGAGGAGUGGAUAGUGUUUAAAAACCGGACUCACAAAUUCGAUGAGUUUUUGACAGAGUGGGACCAAAAGGUUGAAGAACAAAUUUCAGCAGGACACACUGCACCGCUAAUUUCUCAUUUGCAAAAAGAAAUUAAAAUAUACAUGGAAAUGUGUCCUGGUCUGAGGCUGAUGAAGGCCGACAUGUUCAGCGAAAAGCAAUGGGCGUCGAUGCUCGAGUUGGUCGGCGUUCGCUACCAAUCGAUGGAAACGCUGAAAUUCCGCGAAUUCCUUUUGGCGAAGGACCAAAUCGUCCAGAACAUGGAACAAAUAAAGACGUUGAUAGCACAAGCCGCGAGCGAGAUUGUAAUCAGACAGGCGCUUAGUGAGCUGAACACUUGGGAAAUCGAGGCAAGAUUCGCCUUUUUCGAGCACACCGACACCCAGGGCAAAAAACUGAUGCUCGUGCAAGACUUCAAGGAGAUUUUGAGCAAGGUGGGAGACAACCAGUGCCUGUUGCAGUCGAUUAAGAGUUCGCCAAAUUUCGAGAGCUUCAAAGACCAGGCCACGCUGUGGGAAAACAGACUUGCCAUUCUCGACGAGUGCCUCAGAAAUUUGGCACAGAUUCAACGGAAGUGGCUGUACCUGGAGCCGAUUUUCGGUGCUGGCUCCCUGGCGAGCGACAAGGCGCGUUUCCACCGCGUCGACGUCGAUUUCCGCAACGUCUCCGUCGAGGUGGCGAGGGAAACGAAAGUGAUUUCUCUGUGCCGGCGAACCGGGCUGCCACGGCUGCUCGCAGGCCUGAUCGACCAGCUCGAACGGUGCCAGAAGAGCCUCAAUGAUUUCUUAGAGGAAAAACGUUCAGCGUUUCCACGCUUUUAUUUCAUCGGUGAUGAUGAUUUGCUGGAAAUACUGGGCCAGUCGACGAAGGAAAAGGUGAUUCAGGCGCACCUGAAAAAGCUUUUUGCCGGAAUCCACCAUGUCGACUUUUCUGAAGACAAACGGAGCAUCAUGGCGAUCAAAUCGCUGCACGGCGAAGUGGUCCAGUUGAAAAGAGCAGUUCACCUUCAAGACAAUGUUGAGUUGUGGUUGGGCCACUUGUGCGGCGAGAUGAAACAAACGCUGCAGGAACUGCUGGUGAAAUGCUCAGAAGAAGCACGAAAAUCAGAUUCAGGCCCGAAUCUGUCGAAUUAUCCAUCACAAAUUCUCUGCUUGUCGGAGGAAAUCCAGUUCACGCAACAAUGCGAGGCCGCGAUUACAAGCAACCGACUUGGCAAUUUUAGAAAAUCUUUAAAAGCUCGUUUAGAGGGUUUGACGAAUUUCGUAACGAAAAGCGACUCAGAAUACUCGACUGUGCUGAUCCUCAAAAUCAGAGCUCUAAUCAUGGUUUUGAUUCACAACAUCGCCAUCGUCGAUUUCCUGGCGAAUUCGAAAAACAGCGUGACAACCGACUCGUGGGAAUGGCAGAAACAACUGAGAUUCUACCAAAUCAACAAUGGCGCAACAACCGUGAAAAUGGUCGACGCGGAGUUUGAUUACACUUUUGAGUACCUGGGCAAUUCCCCGCCCUUGGUACAUACUCCACUGACAGACAAGUGCUACCUCACCCUGACGCAGGCGAUGCACAUGGGUCUCGGUGGAAAUCCCAUCGGUCCUGCUGGAACGGGCAAAACCGAGUCGGUGAAAGCGUUGGGCAGUCUGCUUGGCCGGCAAGUUCUCGUCUUCAACUGUGAUGAAGGAAUAGACAUGAAGUCGAUGACGCGAAUUUUCGUCGGUCUAGUAAAGUGUGGCGCCUGGGGCUGCUUCGACGAGUUUAACAGACUCGAGGAGGCCACCCUGUCCGCCAUCUCCAUGCAAAUCCAGGCCAUCCAAAGUGCACUCAAGAGCAAACAGGGCACUGUCACCUUAAUGGGAGAAUCGAUCGAAUUAGACCGCAACGCUGGUAUUUUCGUGACGAUGAACCCUGUCGGAAAGGGCUACAAGGGUCGACAGCGGCUUCCUGACAACCUGAAGCAGCUUUUCCGGCCGAUCGUGAUGGCCAAGCCGGACAGCGAGCUGAUCGCCGAAGUUCUCCUCUGCACAGAGGGCUUCCAGCACGCGGCGGACGUCGGCCGGAAGCUGGUGGAGGUGUUCAACCUGGCCGGGCGGCUACUCAGUCAGCAGCAGCACUACGACUGGGGUCUCAGGGCUCUCAAGACGGUGCUCCAAGGCUGCGGCUCGGCCCUGAAGGAGGCCAAGAAUAAGGCGGGUGACGCGGACAGAAAUGCCAGCGCCGAAGCCGAGCUCGCUGUGCGCGCCCUCCGGCUCAACACGCUGUCCAAGCUGACCAAGACGGACAGCGUGCACUUCGACGCUGUUGUUAGGGACGUUUUUCCUUCCGUGGCCAUCACCGAGGUGCAGAACGAACAGCUCGUGCAGGCCCUUAAAAGGAGCUACGAGCACCUACAACUAGUUGAAACCCCCAAACAGAUAAAGAAGUGUUUGGAGCUGUUUGAGCAACUGCAGCAGCGAAUGGGGGUCGUGAUCGUGGGUCCGACAGGCUCAGGAAAAACGACGGUCUGCUGCCUGCUGAGCCACGCCCUGAGCCAGUUGGGCCUCGUCGUCAGGCAGCACACCAUCAACCCGAAGGCGAUGCCUCGGGCCCAGCUACUGGGCUUCGUUGACCCCGACACCAGGCAGUGGAACGACGGCGUGCUCACCGUCAGCGCCCAACAAGUUUACAAUGAACCCUUAGAAAUUUCCUCCUGGAUCGUGUGUGACGGCGACAUUGACCCUGAGUGGGUUGAAUCUUUGAACUCCGUAUUGGACGACAACAGGUUGCUGACCCUGCCGUCAGGGUGGCGAAUUCAGUUCGGUCCGAAUGUGAAUUUCUUGUUCGAGACGCACGACCUGAGCCACGCGUCGCCGGCCACGAUUUCACGCAUGGGAAUGAUUUUGAUGAGUGAGGAUGAUGUCGAUUUGAAACAUUUGGUGGCCGUUUGGAAACGCCAAAAGCAAGUGGAAAACGAACCCAUUUCAGACUGGCUCGAUGAUUUCUUCUUCAAAGCGGUUGAUUGGACACGAGAAAAUUCUGAAUUUGUGGUGGCUUGGUCCACGAUUGGGAUGGUGCGGACGGGGCUGUCGCAAAUGAUUGGAAUAAAAAGCAAAUCUCACUUUACUGUGGCGCUGAUCAAAGGUCUCGGCUCUAAUUUGACUGAAACGAGCCGGCUAGCAUUUGCUACACAGGUUUUUGAGUGGACUGGUGAGAGCAUGGUGGAUCCUGAACGCGUUUUGCUCUCUUAUUACAACCAAUUGCAGGACUGCGUAGACACUCAUUACUCAGAAGACCUGGAAAAGGAUCAAACAGAGCAGAUUGUCUUGACAGCGUACGGAAAAUCUAUUUUGGACCACUUGGAUGCGUGGUUUAGGGAGGAAAGCACGAAGCCGUUUUUGCUUGUUGGGCCGCCAGGCUGUGGCAAAAAUACACUUCUGCAGCACUAUUUUUCGCAAAAGAGGUCCAUCGACGUUGCAGAAAUUCACUGCAGUGCGCAAAUAACGCCACAUCACGUUUUGCAGAAGUUAAAACAGGUCACAAUAAUUACGUCAAGCAUCAGCGGAAGGGUGAUCAGACCGAAAAACGCAGAACACCUUGUCCUUUACCUGAGAGAUCUAAAUCUUGCAAAACCGGACAACUGGGGCACAAACAUGCUCAUCUCCUUUCUCCAACAAAUCCAGAGUUAUAGAGGAUACUUUGACAAUCUGGAGUGGGUGGGCGUGGAAGGGAUCCAAUUUAUAGGCACAAUGACGAACAGCAACAAAACGUUCGGGUUGUCACCGCGUUUCAUGUCUUUGGUGGCCGUGCUGGCGAUGCGGUACGCCGACCACCGCGACUUGCAACACAUCUACGGCAGCCUGCUCGGCCGCAGUUUGAGCGACACGCUGCCCGAGCUCAACCUGUGGCACUCGUCGGGCAAACUCGGCACCCUCACCGACACCAUGAUUUACAUUUACACAGAGGCUGCAACCGCUUUCACCCCGAUGCAGCAGAGCCAUUACCUUAUCAACCCGUUCUAUUUGACAAAGUGGUGUGAAAAUUUGAGAAGAUACUCUUUUUCAAGUGGAGCUGAUCUAGUUGAUUCGGUUUUAUUGGCGUUGGUUCACGAGGUGAUGCGAUUAUUUGGCGACAUGCUGACGACCACGGAGGAAAGAGACAAGCUGGAGCUGCUGGUGAGAAAUUCAAUCGAAGAAAAGUGGAACAAAUCGUCUUCUCACAUCAUGGAGAAAUUAAAACAUAACUUUUUUGUGUCACUUGGAGCAUCAUCAAAGGACGACCGGAAAGCGAAAAACUUGGGCCGAUUGAGCUGUUCAGAAUGGAGUGUGAUGGUGGACAAAUUCUUGAACCAAUAUGCAAAAGAAGAGCAAGGCGUGGAAAUCGUCGUAACGCAAGACUUUCUUCAAAGCGUGGCGAGAAUCGACCGCGUGCUAAGUGCUCCGCGCGGAUCUCUGCUCUUAUGCGGGAAAGCGGGCUCCGGACGCAAAACGGCAGCUCGACUUGUCUCGCUGAUGCACGGCUCCAAAUUGAUUUCGCUGAACGUAACCGCUGAUUACACAACGAAGAGUUUCAAAAAGGAGCUAAAAUCGGCCAUUCAUUCGGCUGCGUUUGAAGGGGAGCAGGUGAAUCUUCUCAUUGAAGAUUACCAGCUGGUCAAACCGGACUUUUUGGACCUGGUGAACAGUCUUUUGGCUUCGGGAGAAAUUCCCGGAUUGUACUCGAACGAGGAGCUCGAGUCUCUCAUGGGCACUUUAAGGGAAAUGGCUUCGCAGGAUGGAUUUAUUGGAAGUCUAACUGCAUACUUUGCCGAGAGGGUAAAAAACAACCUGCACGUCAUUCUCGUCAUGGACUCCAGUGAUCCUAAUCUGGUGCAGAAUUGCGAGAGCAACCCGGCCAUUUACAAAUUCUGCUCCAUUCAGUGGAAUGAUUAUUGGCUCGACGAGAGUAUGACGAAAAUUUCUCAGCAUCUGCUCACCACGUCAUCGGAGGUUAUCAAAGAAGACGACGAAAUCCACUCUCACGUGAUCUCCAUUCACAAAAGCGCCCCUGCCCCGUUGACAAACCCGUACCGUUUCGUCUGUUUCGCGCGUUCCUACCGAGACAUCUUCCUAUCGAAGCAGCAGGCAAUGCGGGCCAGACAGGAGAAGCUAGGGGCCGGAAUCUCAAAACUGACCGAGGCCCAGGAGGUGGUCAAGGAGUUACGUGAAAAGGCUGGUCUGCAAGAAAAAGAACUGGCGCACAAGCAGGCAGAGGCGUCGGCGGCUUUGAACAUGAUCUCGGAGACAAUGCAGGGCGCCAACACGCAGAAGGCCGAGAUGGAGAGCCUGAAGGCGCAGACGGUGAAGGAGAACGAGCACCUGGCGUCCAGGAAGAAGGAAAUCGACCUGGAGCUGGCAGAAAUCGAGCCACUGGUGCAGGAGGCGCAAGCCGCUGUCGGAAAUAUCAAAACCGAGUCCCUCUCUGAGAUCAGGUCCUUGCGAGCCCCACCCGAGGUCAUCAGGGACAUCCUGGAGGGCGUGCUCAGGCUGAUGGGCAUCCAGGACACCUCGUGGAACAGCAUGAAGAUCUUCCUGGCGAAACGCGGCGUCAAGGAGGACAUCAAGACCUUUAAUGCCAGGAACAUUUCGCUCGAGAGCAGGGAGGCUGUGGAGAAGCUGCUCAGGAGUAAAAAGGAGUCGUUCGACCAGAAAAACGCCAAGCGGGCCUCCGUGGCCGCCGCGCCGCUCGCUUCCUGGGUCAUUGCCAACGUCAAGUAUGCAGUCGUCCUGGAGAAAAUCAGGCCUUUGGAACGAGAGCAGGACAAAUUACAACGGAAUAUGAAUGACUUCGAGGCAAACAUCGGAAAAAUCAGCUCCGAUUUAACCAGCGUGAACGAACGAGUGGCUGAGCUAAAAGUGAGACUGAACACGUUUACGAAAGAAGCCGCAGAAAUCGAAAUCCAUCUAACAAAAGCAAAAGACACUUUGAAAGCGGCCGAGUCUUUGGUGGGAAAACUCAUCGACGAGUACGAGAGAUGGAAAAUCCAGCUGCAAGAGCUGUCUUUCGAGUUGAAGUCGCUGCCGGCGAAAGCUCUCUUGGCGGCCGCUUUCGUGGUAUAUUUACCAGGCCUGCCAGAGGAGGAGCGGAGAAGGGCUUUGGAUUCUUGGAAAUCGGUGCUGCAAAUCGAAGAAUUUUCCAUCCAGUCUUUCAUGGCGUCGGAGCAGCAGAUUAUGGUCUGGCUCUCCCAGAGUCUGCCGUCGGACACAGUUUCCAUUGAAAAUGCAAUCGCCACACUGAAUUCCAAAAUCCGGCCGCUCAUUAUCGAUCCCACUUCUGAAGCGCUUGAGUGGAUUCAAAAUAAUUUGAAACAACAAACUGUUGAGGUUUUGCACCAAAACAAUGAACGAUUUUGCACUUUGCUGGAACUGGCUGUUAGGUUUGGGAAAGUUUUGGUCAUCCCGGAUGUGGAUUUUGUCAGUCCAGUCAUAGUCCCUCUCCUUAAGGAACAAUAUAUUUUCCAAGGGGCCCGAUGCAUGAUUAAAAUCGGAGACAAACUGGUUGACUACAAUAAGGAUUUUAAAUUGUUUCUGGUGAGCAGAAACACCAGUCCUGAAAUUUGUCCCACCGCCGCUGCAGCUUUAACAAUGGUCAACUUCUCGACAACCCAAGCCGGUCUUUCAGGACAGCUCCUUGGCUGUGCAUUGAAACACGAUAAACCAGAACUGGAGGUAAGACGCGGGGAACUGCUGCGGGAGGAAGAAAAAAUGCGGACAGAAUUGGAAAAGCUGCAAGAAAACCUGUUGGUUGAACUAUCCUCAGCCCAGGGCGAUUUGCUAGAAAACAAAGAGUUGCUGAAUUCUCUGCGGGAGACCAAGGCGAGCAGCAUCAAAAUAUCAGACUCACUCGCAGAGUCAGACAAGCUGAAAAUGAGCCUGCAAGCUGAAAGAGAACUGUACAGACCCCUUGCCAAGUUUGCCGGCCGCCUCUACUUCGCAGUUGCUAAACUUACAGCUGUCAAUAUCAUUUAUAAUUUCUCCGUCUCCUUCUUUGUCAAGCUGUUCAACAUCGCCUUGGAGCAGACUGAUAUUGAAGAGGAAACUGGCGAAAGGAUCGAAAGCGUGAAACGACGCUUGAUUCAACUGGUGUUCGACAAAAUCGGCAGAGCACUAUUCAAAUCAGACAUCAUCAUGUUUUCCAUGCACGUGAUCAAUGCGGUUAAUACGGAAUCAACUCCCGCAGAGGAGUGGCACGUGUUCAUUGGCAAAGCAACUGGGGAGAUAAUCGAAGUUGAUGUCCCUUCGUGGAUUAGUUCAGAGCGCCGGAGCCAUGUCCAAAUUCUUUUGAGCUCGCUUCCAAAUAUAGCAGAAAUCGUGCGGCUGGAGGAGCCAGCGCUCUGGAAGCCCUUCAUGGACAGCUCCGAGUGCGAAACGAAUUUUCCACAACACACGCAGAGCCUGAGCCUAUUUCAAAGGGUGCUCGUGGUGCAAGCGUUGCGACCUGAUCGCCUCCGAACGGCCAUGAUCCUAUUUGCCCAACUGACUCUCAAUAUUUCUGAUAUUUUCCCGAGUGCUUUGAGCCUCAAGAAACUGCUGUCGGAAACGCAAUCAGCCGAGCCGAUUUUGCUGCUGUCGUUACCGGGAACCGAUCCGUCAAUCGAAUUGAAGUCCCUCGCCUGCAACACAAUUGGCCAAAACGCUUUCCACGAGGUGGCUCUGGGCGAAGGCCAGAUCGAAUCCGCGGAGGCAAUGCUGGUAGAUGCGAGCCGCGAAGGGCACUGGUUGUGUUUGAAGAACUUGCACUUGGUCUGCAAAUGGCUGCCGUCGCUGGAGGCCAAGCUCAAAGCUCUCCAGCCACAUGCUGACUUCAGACUUUGGCUCACUUGCCAACCGAAUGCUAAUUUGCCACCGGUUUUCCUCAAGUUGUGCCUCAAAGUCGUAUAUGAAGCACCGCAAGGGAUCAAGCGGAACAUGCAGAGAACGUUUGCCGGCUGGGGCCGCGAGACGAUCGAGGCGCCGAGCAAGCAGCCUGUGCUCAGGGCGCAGCUGCUAUUCGCUUUGGCCUGGCUGCACGCUGUCCUGCUCGAAAGGGCCGUCUACGUGCCGCAGGGCUGGAGCGAGGCCUAUGACUUCAGCGACGCGGACCUCAAGGCAGCAACGGGGGUCAUCGAGCCCCUCGUUGCGUCGGGUGGGAAUAUUAAGUGGGACUACAUAUACGGCCUUUUCGAAAAUGUCGUCUACGGUGGAAGGAUUAAAAACGAGUUUGAUAUGAAAGUACUUUCGAUUUUGGUGAGGGAAUUCAUCAGUUACACUGCCCUGAGUGGACGGAAUUCCUUUGGACUAGGAGUAGAACUGCCAAAUUCAACGAAAUUUACAGAUGCUUUGAAUUUCAUCUCCAAACUGCCUGAGCAGGACAAUCCAGAGUACCUGAGCCUUCCAUCGAAUAUCAAUUCUUCCUGGCAGAGGGUCACAAGUCAAAAGACAAUCGACCAAUUAAUGCAGCUCUCGCGGUCCAGUUUCAUCUCAAAAAUCGAUAUGGAUAAAUGGGACGCUUUGUUGACACCAAUGUUUAAUUUGUGGAAAAAAGUCAACCAGGGGGCUGGAAUAAUCCAAUCGAAAAUUCCUAAUGACGUUGUCGCCGGCUCUCCGGUUGAGCAGUUUUGCGGCCUGGAGUGGAAAAAAGCUGUCAGUCUCGUCCAGAAGAUCCACAAAACCUUAGCAGCCCUGAUGAAGGUGGUCAGGGGAGCCUUGGUCCCCAGCAGGGAAAUUUCCCAACUAGCUAUCUCAAUAAUAAGCCACCAGACUCCAAACCUGUGGCAGAAGGACUGGGAAGGGCCCUCGGAACCUUUGCAGUACGCAACCACAGUGGUUCUCAAGGCCCAAGCCAUUCAAAACUGGAUGACGAGAAGCAAGCAGGGUGUCCUCUUGAAGGAAAACCUCAACCUGUCCGAGUUACUCCAUCCGGAGAAUUUCCUCAUCGCUCUUAAACAACAAACAGCCAGGCAGUUUAAGUUGGCCCUGGUCGACUUGCAGCUGACAUCGAGUCUCACUGGACAGUUAGCGGCCGCACACCUUUCCGUCAGGGUGUCUGGUUUGUUCAUCGAAGGUGCGAAUUUCCAGUCUGGCAUGCUGACCCCGGUCAAGUCGCAUUUCCCUGCGCUGCAGGAGUUUCCGUCCUUCUACGUCGCCUGGCUGCCAAAGGCUACUGUCAGCUCAUCUCAGCAUCACGUCUCGAUUCCUAUAUACCAAUCGGUCAGCCGAGAAAAUUUCAUCUCUAGUUUGGAGCUCCCCUUCUCCGGACAAAGGGAGCAGUGGCUUUGUGCAGCAGUGGCACUUUUCCUUCAGGCGCAAAAUGUCUAGGACAUAGUUGAAACGAAAAAUAGCAAUUUUGUAGUCAAAUUGAUGAAAUGCCUGUCGCGUGCUUAAAAUGUGUUUGCAAAGUGGGAAAAUUGCGUCCAUUACAUAUAACAAUUGAAAAUUUGUACCAAACAAAAAUUACUUUGAAAACGUUGUUACGCGGC